AUGCCAUCCACGGCCACUGCUAUCCGCCAGCCCAUAGAGAAUAGGGCGAAUGGUUCUACCCUGCUGACUGUUGCCCAAAGCCACGACUGUUGCCGCCUCUCAGCUGACCACCACGGCCUGUAUUACCGCUGCUGCUGGCAGCUUAUAUACACAAAUACAAAAGUAGCUUUUGGUCAUGAUCCUAAAUACUUGUUGCCAUUUCUCCCUGACAAACCAUUGAUAGACUCUUUCGAAAAUAGGUUUACUUGUCCCUCCCUCUUCUGGAAAACAAAAAAACUUCUCAACAUUGGAUUCGAACAGGAUCUCAGGAAUGCAAUUGAUGUACUCAGAGAAUAUGUAAAGAAGAGAAUCGCAGGAAAGAUCAAGAAGCAUAGCUUGUCCAUAGAUGAAGAAGGAGGUGAUUUUUUCGACAGAUACAUAAAACGGGCUUUCAAAUACAAUAAUGUAGUUGAUGAAAAGCUUAUUAUAGAUACAGGUAUCAAAAUUAUCCUGGAUGGUGAUGAUACUCUGUUUUCAGCUUUAGUAUGGUUUUUUUGGAUAGUGUCAAGUCACCCUGAUGUAGAAAAGGAGAUUGUCAAAGAAAUCGAGCAAGUGAAAGACGACAAUGAUUUAAAUGCAAUGGUGAAGGGAACACGUAUUUGUCUUCAUGUUCUUGCAAUGGGGAGAUCGAAAGAAUUGUGGGGUUCCGAUUGUGAGGAUUUUCACCCUGAGCGAUGGUUGGUGAAAGAAAGUAGUAGUGAAAAUUGGAAAUUUGUGCCAAGGGAUCCUUUUACAUAUCCAGUGUUUCAUGCAGGGCCAAGGACUUGUCUUGGUAAAGAUAUUGCUUUUAUGCAGAUAAAAAUGGUAGUUGUUUCUGUUUUGAAGAGGUUUAGACUGAUUCCUGCUCAAGGUUUUACUCCAAUUUAUAAUUCAUCAUUGACAUCAAAGAUGAAAACUGGUUUUCUUGUACAAAUUGUGGAACACUGCGCUACUAAUUAA